GAGUACGAGGAGGAACUUUGUCGUUCAAAAGAGGAGAACGAGCGACAACGGAAACUACUGGACGCUGUUUUCAACCCUCAACUUCGGUUACACAGAGCAGAUGUCCAGCAGCUGUCGGUGAUUAAAGAAGAGGUUCCCCCUGAGCAGCAGCAGGAGUGGAGACCCAGUCUGGAACAGGGGGACCCAGAGCCCCCACACGUUAAAGAGGAACAGGUGGAAGUCAGGACCAGUCAGGAGGGAGAGCAGCUUCAAGGGUUUACAUUCACUCCUGUCCCUGUGAAGAGUGAAGAUGAUGAUGAAGAGAAACCUCAGUCCUCAAAGCUUCCUCAAAGACAAACUGAACAGAUGGAAACAGAUGAUGGAGAGGACUGUGGAGGACCAGAACCGGCCAGAAACUCAGAUGAACAUUCACAACCUGAUACGGAUGGUAAGACUGAAGACUCUUCUGAAUCUGAGACUGAUGAUAGUGACAAUGAUUUUAAAGACACCAGGGAACCUCAGUCAGGUGAUGUCCCCAAUAUAAAGCCUUUCAGCUGUUCAGUUUGUAAGAAAUGUUUUUCAUGGAGACGAGGUUUACGUAGACACCUGAGAACUCACACAGGUGAGAAACCAUUCAGCUGCUCAGCGUGUGAUAAAAGCUUCAGUCUAAAGGGUAUUCUUAAGCAUCACAUGACAACUCACACAGGUGAGAAACCAUUCAGCUGCUCAGUGUGUCAUAAAAGCUUCCGUCUAAAGCAUACUCUGCAGUUACACAUGAGAACUCACACAGGUGAGAAACCAUUCAGCUGCUCAGUGUGCGAUAAAAGCUUUGGAUAUAAGCAUGGUCUGCAGGAUCACAUGAGAACUCACACUGGUGAGAAACCUUUCAACUGCUCAGUGUGUCAUAAAAGCUUCCGUCAAAAGAGUCAUCUGCAGAUGCACAUGCAAAGUCAUAUUGGUGGGAUACAGUACAGCUGCUCAGUGUGCGAUAAAAGGUUUGGACAAAAGAGUCAUCUGCAGAGGCACAUGAAGACUCAUACAGGUAAGAAACCAUUCAGCUGCUCAGUAUGCCAACAAAACUUCGUUAAAAAGAGUACUCUCGAGGAGCACAUGACAACUCACACAUCCAGCUCAGUCUGCAGUUAAAGCUUCUGUAUUAAAAGUACUAUGCAGAGACACAUGAGAGCAGCAGGAAAUUAAGAAUCCUGUUCAGCUAUUACAGACUAGAAACUAGACAUCAGAGAUGCACCAUGACAUCAGAACAACAGUGUCUGGCGGCUAGGUCUGUAACUAUUCUGAAUCAGAGUGAGUGAUAACAAUUUGACAAUGGGAAAACAACUUUCCCCUGCCUGGCUUACGGGAUCACUGGCUAACAACUUAGCAAGAGUUUACCCAUUUCUCCAGGAACCACUACACCACUGAACAUAGUGGGCAUAAAUAGCUGUGCACAGUUUAACUGUGUUCAUGACUAAGCACGGGACUGCUUAACUUUUGUAACUGUAAUGUAUUGAUCUAGUUUUAUUGUUGUGAUGUUGUUAUGGUUUAUGUUAGGUUACUGUGUUACUCAUGUUCUAAACUGCUAUGGUGAUCUUAGUUAAAUGUUAUGUUCCACACAGAAACAGUCUUUGUACAACAAACUCUUUUUAACUUGCCACUGUUCAUAUAAGAUCACCUCGGCCUUUAACACAACCACACACAGCAGAGAGGACCUUUAAAACUCUGCUUUGUGUCUGCUGAACAAGCUCAACAUAAUGUGCAACACACACUCUGUUUUUUUAUUUAGUUUAGUGCAUUGUAGUUUGAUCAUAUUGUGUUUAUACUUUAUAUUUUUAAUAAAUGCUAUCAAAUAUACAUGCUGGUUUAUUAAAUAUUCCACAAAUGUGAAGGAUACCAAACUCUAUGUUGAGCUACAAAUCCUUCAGCUGACUUAAUGUGAACAUGAUGAACUUAGUUAUAGUUUUUGAAUAAAUAAAUUAGUGCUUCAGAUUAAUUGUUUUGUAUAUUCUAUGAGACUGAGUAUCAUUCAGUUAAUAGUUUUCCUUUUAAGGGUGGUGUCCUGAGGACCUUCUGAUAUAAUACGUAUAAGGAUAUUGAUUACUGUUAUUUUUAAUUUUCUUUGAUCAUUUUGAUAGCCAGAAUUAAUUGAUUGCUCCUCCAAAGUUUGAUGACCCUUUAAAUAGUUUUAAUUACCACAAUGUGCAGAAGUUCUUUUUUUGUUUUUGGUGAAUAUUUUUAAUUCUUUGUCUGUUUAAUCAGUAGAAUGAUCAUCGUUGUAUUUAUUGUACUUUAUUUUGUCUUUGUUUUAUCGAUCACCCUGUGUGGUGUUUGAAUGUGUUGAAUCUACAUUGUGACUAACAGGAAACAUUAUAAAACAUAAUCAUUAAUGUCAGUUUAUGGGUCCAUGUAUCUUAAAGUUUCAGGUUGCAAUCAGUAAACUUUAUUUUCAUAAAAGGACCUUUGUUUUGUUUCUAUAUUGUUGCUUCAAACAGCAUUAAACAUUCUGCGUUUCUACAUAAAA